AACGGUUACAGCCUUCAAAUCCAGGCCACAAAUCUGUCGACGUUCUAGCCAUGUCCUUGAAAAUUGACGAUAGGCGAUAAACGAUAAAGAUGACCUCGUCAAAAAGUUUGAUAUUGCCACUCUACACCGUGGAUCCUCCGUGUAGCACGUGAGGCUUGUGAAGAUGCGCAAUCUAAGUAAUAUCAAGUAUGAGACUUGGAGGAGUCCCGAUGAGUUUUCAGUAAGGAGCAUUGCGGCGACGGCGUGGGAUACAAGUUCCGACAGCGCGAUUGUGGCAUAUGGGCCAAGCGAACAUGAUACCCUUGUCGAGCUGGUCAGAGUAAACAAGAAGGGAACCAAAAAUGAACAUAAUGUCAUUACUUCCUGGGACGCACCAUGCCCAAACCCUGACCUGGCGUGUGAUGAGAUCCUAUCCUUAUAUUACUUUGGGGACUCGCAGACAGCAUGUCUCGUCUUAGCUGGCGGCGACAUUGUGGUCGUUAGAGAGGAACCAUUACCAGGAAAAGACCGUAUUGAGAUUGUAGGCUCAGUCGAUGCAGGUAUCACCGCAGCGAGGUGGUCACCUGAUGAGGAACUCCUGGCGAUCACAACGAAGGCUGACACCGUCGUCUUCAUGAGCCGCGGCUUUGAAGGUAUUAUGGAUGUGACAAUGACUGCAGAGGACCAAAAAGCUAGCAACCAUGUCAAUGUAGGCUGGGGAAAGAAGGAGACCCAAUUUAAGGGGCGAGGGGCGAAUGCUCUGCGAGAUCCGACAAUGCCAGAGAAGGUCGAUGAAGGCCUGUUGAGCCCGAACGACAAGAAAGAAGCGACGAUUAGUUGGAGAGGAGACGGUUCAUACGUUGCUAUCUCUACAGUCCAAGAAGGCUUACGGCGUCUCAUUCGAGUCUACUCAAGAGAGGGUGUGCUUGACAGUGUCAGUGAGCCUGUUGAUAACCUUGAAGGAGCCUUGAGUUGGAGACCUGCAGGGAAUCUGAUGGCUAGCGUUCAAAGGUUCAGUGACCGUAUCGACAUCGUUUUCUUUGAGCGAAAUGGUCUUCGUCACGGGCAGUUCAGCUUGAGACUGACUCCCGAAGAGAUGGGGACAUUCGGGAAGAACAUCUCCUUGGCGUGGAACAACGAUUCUUCUGUCCUUGCAGUUAUAUUUGAGGAUAGAGUGCAAUUUUGGACGAUGGGCAACUAUCACUGGUACCUAAAGCAGGAGAUUGCCACCAAGACAACGUUUGCAAACUCUUUAGCCUGGCACCAGGAGAAGGUUCUACGAAUGAUUGUCGCCAGCGCAGACGUUAUCAACAUUAUAGAGUAUAUUUUCACUGUUGCGAGGAGCUCUACGAUGCCGCCACAUGAUUAUGGCGCUGUUGCCAUUAUCGAUGGCAAGAAUAUCAAGCUCACGCCGCUCAGAUCUGCCAAUGUUCCUCCUCCAAUGGCUCACUACGAACUACUCAUAAAAGAGAACACAAUCGAUGUUGCCUUUAAUGCCGAGACUUCUCGCAUUGCUGUGUUGCACCAAAGUGGUAUCGAGGUUUAUGAUUGGGCGGUAUCAGGAACCACAUCGUCGGUUCCUACUCUCGGCGGCCGCUUCACCUUCGAGAAAGAUUCCGAAAGCAGUUAUUUCAAUGCCAGUUUCGAUGAGAAUGGAAAUGUUUUGGUUUUAAGACGCAAUCUUCAGGAUGGCACAUCAAGCAUUAGCUUCCAUGGCUUCGACAGCGAGUCUGGGCGUAUGAUUGAAACAAAGCCGCAAAGCCACGAACCAGCUAUCAGUCUUUCGAGCUUUGAGCAGGAUGGUAAGGAUCACGCGUUUAUCCAAGGCGCGGCUGGAGAUGUGCACAGCGUCGAUCCUGCUGAUGCGUCCCUCAACCACUGCAAGCUUCCCGCAUUUCUGCCCUGGGUUGAGAUUAUCCAGCAUGGGGAGGAUGUCAUUGCGUUUGGGCUAUCCCCUAAUGGUCAUCUCUAUGCCAACUCCAGAUGUCUCGCGAAGAACUGCACAUCUUUCCUUACGACCCCUCUACACCUGGUUUUUACUACUACAACUCACAUGCUUAAGUUUGUGCAUAUUACGGAUCUCCAAGAACUGGAGGUCCCAAAUGACGACCCGGAGAAGGAUGAGAGAUGCCGAGCUCUCGAGCGUGGGUCUCGACUUGUGACAGCUAUGCCAACAUCUCUCAGUUUGGUUUUGCAGAUGCCUCGUGGAAAUUUGGAGACUAUCUGGCCUCGGGCUAUGGUCCUCGCUGGAAUUCGGAAUCUAAUCGCCGAAAAGAACUACAAGAGAGCGUUUUCUCAUUGCAGGACACAAAGAGUCGACAUGAACCUGUUGUACGAUUACCAGCCGGAACAGUUCCUGGCCAAUGUCGGGCUGUUCGUUGGUCAGGUGAAGAAGAUUACCUACAUUGACCUUUUCUUAUCAUCGCUGAGGGAAGAAGACGUCACUCAGACAUUGUAUAAAGAUACACGGGUAUUAAAGCCUUCGGGCGCACUCCCCAUCGCCAAUGGCUUGCCUUUGGCACCGCCCACAUCGACUACUUCGAAAGUAAACCGCGUCUGCGACGCUAUGCUUUCUAUACUCUCACACCGCCAGUCAACCAACCUUAAGAAUAUUAUCACAGCGCACCUAUGCAAAUCGCCGCCUGCUCUAGACGACGGUCUGAAGGUUGUGGCCUUGUUAAUAUCUACCGAUCAAUCCAUGGCCGAUAAAGCAGUUGAGCAUAUUUGCUUCCUUGCCGACGUCAACAAGCUAUAUGAGCAUGCCCUUGGUCUUUAUAACCUGGACCUUGCAUUAUUAGUUGCUCAACAGUCUCAGAAAGAUCCCAGAGAAUACCUGCCAUUCCUCCAGAAGCUUCAGGAGAUGCCCGUUUUAAGGAGACAAUUCUCGAUUGAUGACCACCUCGGUCGACAUGCAAAGGCCCUCACAUCUCUUCGGGACUCGUCUCCAGUCGACGGAAGUGCCGAGAUCGAUGCCUACAUAGUGAAGCACGCCCUAUACAAACCGGCACUCACACUGUAUCGCUACGUCCCUGCAAGGCUUUCGGAAAUAACACAUCUCUAUGCUGUGCACUUGGAGGCAAAGUCUCAAUAUCAUGCUGCAGCCUUAGCAUACGAGUCUUUACGUCUAUAUGCGGAAGCGAGCCACUGCUACCACCUCGCAUCGCCAACAUACUGGCGCGAGGCCCUAUUCUGUCUUUCUCUGACAUCUCCCUUGCCAUCUGCGUUGUCAUCCCUCGCGGAGUCCCUGGCGGACUCUUUGGCUGAACUUAAGAGCUACUCCGACGCCGCCACUAUCCACGCGACGUAUCUGGGUUCGCCAACCGUGGCAGCCAAACUAUUCUGCAAGGGAAGCUACUUCGCCGCAGCCUUUGAACUCGCCACGUCUCCGAUCCGGCCAUGCCCAGAGCUCCUGGAAGCAAACGGCGUGAUAGAGACAGGCCUCACGGACGCUCUAGGUGUCACGACAGAAUUACUGGCUGAAUGCAAGGGCCAGCUGAAUGCUCAAGUGCCACGUAUCAGAGAGCUACGUGAGCGAGCGCUUGCGGACCCACUUGCAUUCUACGAAGGUGAGGCUUCAAAGGGCGAUGCCGACAUCCCUGACGACAUUUCUGUCGCAGCAUCGGGUGUGUCGACGUCCGCUUCUCUCUUCACGAGAUACACUGGCCGACAGUCUCUCGGAACAGCAGCCACCGGUGCAUCGAGGGUGACGUCUAAGAAUAGGCGCAGAGAGGAGCGCAAGCGCGCUCGUGGCAAGAAGGGGUCCGUUUACGAGGAAGAAUACCUCGUUGCUUCUGUUGGCCGCCUAAUUGAACGAGCUGAGUCUACUAGAGAAGAAAUUCAACGACUCGUUGAAGGUCUUGUGCGCAGGGGUAUGCGGGAAGGUGCUCUGGCUGUCGAGGCACUAGGCGCUGAAGUCGUGCAGAUGUGCAAGGAUGCCGUGAAAGAGGUAUAUGGCCAGGCAGACGAGGCAAGGGAGGUUGAAGAGGGAGAGGUGGAUGAGAAUGGGUAUAGGCCCAUUGGAGGCGAUGCCGUAUUGGCGGAGAGCAUGGAGGCCAGUCAGCGGGCAAAGGUGGCGCCAGUUAUUGGAGAAUUUAAGAAGCUAAGCUUGCUGGGUAUAUAGUGGGCAGCAUUGUGGAGUUUGGGGCUAAAAUAGAGGAAUUGCCUUUGGAUAAAUGAAUGGAACGAAUGACU